UGCCCUUUAGAAUUUCCAAAUUAAAGAAAAUGAAAAGAAAAUCCACCAAAAACAGCGAUAGUGACGAAGACGAAACCUUUUAUUUCCGCUACUCCUCCGCCGUCGCCCCACCCUCGUCCUCCUCCUCUAAUCCCAAUCUAGCCACCUCCAAAUCCACCGGCGGUGGCGGCGGGUCCGGCGGUCUAGCCCCAUCGAAAUCAACCCUUUACGUCUCCAACCUCGACUACUCCCUCACAAACUCCGACCUCCACACUCUCUUCUCCACCUUCGGCAAAAUCGCCCGCGUAACAGUCCUCAAAGACCGCGCCACAAGGAAUUCAAAGGGGGUCGCCUUCGUCCAGUUUGUUUCCCGCGAGGACGCGCUAUCCGCGGCGAGUGUUAUGCACGGGAAAAUACUCAACGGCAGAACCCUCAGCGCUUCCAUCGCCGUCGAUAAUGGACGAGCCCCGGAGUUUAUUAAGAAAAGGGUUUAUAAGGAUAAGUCUAGAUGUUAUGAAUGUGGGGCUGGUGGGCAUUUAUCUUAUGAGUGUCCAAAGAAUCAGUUGGGGCCAAGGGAGAGACCGGUGCCAAAGAAAGGGCGGAGAGGUGGCGGCGGUGGAGAGAAGAGGGAGGAUGGUGGGGAUUGGGGAGAGGAAGAAUCAGAGGGUGGAGAGGGGUUUGAAGAGGAGAAUUGGGCGUCAGUGGUGGAUGGGGCGGCGGAGGAGAGGUUGAGGAAAUCGGAGAUGGCGGAGGAAAAGAAGAAGAAGAUGACAAGAAAAGCCAGUUAUUUUAGUGACGAGAGUGAUGAGGAAGAAUGAUUCAAUGGUGGAAAUGGAGAAAAGGGGGUUGCUUUUUCACACCCAAAUUUAACCUGGAAUCAUUUGAAAUUUGAGGUACAUUAUACUAUUGUUAUGACUUUAAGCUUGAAUAGAUUGUAACAGUUCUUGCACUUGUGUAUUAUUGUAUCAUUAGUGUGGGAUAUUUGCUUAAUUUUUUCGGAUGAGUGAUUAGGAAGGGUGAUUUGGGGAGGGAGAUGUUGUUGCUUUGUUGGGGUAAAAUCUGAUGUUAGAUAAAUUUGAGUUUGAGACAUGCAUUUAGUGUUAGAUUAUCUGAUUAUAUUAAGUAAGAUUCGAGCUCGAAUUUGAUUGUGAUAAUGAUGGUGGCGAAUGAAAAUAUGGUUGUGAUUA